AUGCUGCGAGCGAGGAACAAGUAUCUUCAAACCAAAAUAAGUCCAUUCACAAAUAAUGGAAACGAGGUUUCUAUCGAGUUCGCCAAAUUUUGGGUUAAUUAUGUCAGUGAUUUAUUCCGAACAAAAUUCAACUGGCUCUUUUUGAAUUCCAACGCAUCAAUCGAACACAUGUCGGCAGUUGCCGAAUGGACAAAAUCACUUAUUUCUGAAUGUUGGUGCUGUUAUUUCGCUGGAGAUGACGCAAAAAGUGAAAUAUUCGAUCUUAGACACGAAUAUGAAAUUGCUCCAAUUAAUUUUGGCGUUUUGAAUGUGGAAGAAGUUAGGAUCUUCACUAAAACCUCGAAAAAUCCCGUCAAUUGGUUUACAGUCGAGCAAAUGAUGAGAACAAACUGUUCCAAAAUGAUACUUGGAGCUUGCACUUUCGAUGAAACCGAUUUGAAUCAAUUCAUAAAAGGAUGGAUAAACGGAAAUAAUUCCAAAAUGGAGGUUUUUAUUACAGUUGUAAAAACCAUCGAUUUCGUGUUAGUGUUCGAUGGAAUAGAGGUUGACGUGAGAGAUCCCAUGCUGGUACGCCCCUUUUACUCUUCGAUGUUGACUCACCCAUUAGAGUUCUUAAUCGUAGGAGGGUUGGAUAUUCGGAGGAAUGAUGGUACUGUAGCUUCAAUCCAACCAGGUCUUGAGUUUGCGGGGCACCGAGUCAUGAACUAUUUCACGAUGGUCGUAUGGCCACAGGGUUCUUCAUAA